CGGCCAGCCACCUCCCCGUCGCUCUCACGCUCUUCGUGCCCGCCGCCUCCCCUCUUCCCCUCCACCUCACUCCUCCCGUCUGACGCACAUGGCAUCCAUCGCCGGAUCUUCCGCUCUCUCCUUCGCCAUGCCUGUCAAGGCAAUCAACUCAAAUUCUCUAGCCUUCUCCCCGGUGAGGAAGGGUAACACAUUCCUCCGCCUGCAACCAGUGCCUAUGAGAUCUGUUUCCUGCGCUGCCAAGAAGGAUACGGUGGACAAGGUUUGUGAAAUUGUGAAGAAGCAGCUUGCUCUUCCUGACCACACUGAAGUUUGUGGUGAAUCGAAAUUCUCUGAACUUGGUGCGGAUUCGCUGGACACGGUUGAGAUUGUGAUGGGCCUUGAGGAGCACUUCGACAUUAGCGUGGAGGAGUCCAGCGCGCAGACAAUUGCCACCGUUGAAGACGCCGCUGACCUCAUUGACAAGCUUGUUGCUGUGAAGGCAUAGGCCGCAUCUCUUCUAUCAUUGUCUUACCACUCUAGGUUUCUAUGGUCUGAAGACUUGUGAUUUUCUCCGCACUGCUGUUGCUAUUCCCGUGUCGUAAUAAUACGAGAUGUUUUAAGCGGCUGAACACACGGUGGUGUAAUCUGUUACUGGUAAGGUGCAUUGUUGUAUGAAUUGUUUCUCACCCAGAAGAACCAGACCAUCGGGGAUUCUAGCAUCAUAUAUAGUGUUGAAAAGAUGAGC